CCGCGAUUGGUGGGCCUCUACCUCGGUCCUUGUUGUGAAGGUCUUGGGUGAACUCAGCAUAGUGAACGAAGAACACAAAAUUAUUAGCACCUUCUCUGCAAGAUCGAAACUGCAUCCCAGCGGCAACUCCAUCAAGAUGGCGAACGGAUAUCACAAAAUAGAAACGCGGUGCUUCAUCAACAAUGAAUUCGUGGAGGCCAAAGAGACCUUUGCACUCCAUAGUCCGUCAACCGGCGAGCUGACGGCCAAUGUUUGUCAAGCUGGGGAAGAUCUGGUGAAUUCUGCUGUUGAUGCCGCUCACGCUGCUUUUCCGGCAUGGUCUGCGCUCGAUGCCCCCGAGCGGGCCAAAUGCCUUAUUCGACUCGCGGACCUCCUGGUUGAACACGCAGAAGAACUUUCCAGACUCGAAGCCCUCAGCAUGGGAAAAGUGGCCGCAUUCUAUCCACCUGAGGUCCAGUGGGCGGCGGAUAUCCUGAAAUACUUUGCAGGAUUAGCGAGGGAGGUGCACGGGGAGUCGAGCUUGACAACGGCAGGAAUGGUCAAUAUGACUUUCGUGCAGCCUUACGGUGUCUGUGGGGCCAUUGUGCCCUGGAACGGACCCUUGGUAGCAAUGUCACUCAAGGUCGGACCUGCAUUGGCAGCUGGGAACACUCUUCUCCUAAAACCAUCAGAGAAGUCGCCUCUGACGGCGCUCUAUAUGGGCAAAUUGAUUCCUCAGGCAGGGUUUCCCCCAGGAGUUCUCAACAUCUUGCCCGGCCAUGGACGCGUGACUGGAGCGGCCAUAGCCAGUCACAUGCGCAUUAGGAAGCUGGCCUUCACUGGGAGCACGAGAACUGGGCGUAUCAUCAAAAAAUUAGCUGCCGAAUCGAAUCUGAAAGACGUCACUCUGGAGCUGGGGGGCAAGUCGCCUUUAGUUGUGUUUCCCGAUGCUGACCUUGAAGAAACGGUGGCUGCGGCCGCGUUCUCCAUUGCCAUGAAUUCGGGACAAAUCUGCAUGGCCAGCUCACGAGUGUACGUCCACGAGUCCAUCGGCGAAAAGUUUGUCGAAGCAUAUGUCACCAAAUUCAAGGAGAUCAUGGGAAAAGCUGGGGAUGCGUUGGAUCCGAACACUACACAUGCACCGCAGGCAGAUGCUAUGCAGUACGAAAGUAUCAUGAAACACUUCGAGACUGCCAAAAAUGAGGGCGCAAGUCCAAUUACUGGCGGCAAACGAAUCGGCGAGCAAGGCUACUUCAUUGAGCCAACAGUCUAUCUCAAUCCGGGACACUCAUCUUCAAUCAACCGCGAAGAAGUUUUUGGUCCCGUUGCUGUGAUAAACACUUUCAGCUCCGAAGAAGAGGUACUGAAGCUGGCCAAUGAUACCGAGUACGGCCUGUAUGCGUCAGUAUACACCAAAGAUAUCUCACGCGCAUUGAGAUUUGCUAAGCAGCUCGAGUCUGGCAUGGUCGGCGUCAAUUGUACAUCACCGACCAUGGCAUUUGAUUUGCCAUUUGGUGGGACUAAGCAGAGUGGAGAGGGACGCGAGUCCUCUUUGAAAUCGUUACACUCGUGGACAGAGCUGAAAACGGUCAUGAUCAAGAUCUAGGCUUUGACGCCCAGAAAUGGCCAAGGCUGUCGAGGAUCAGCAGCAUCGUGGUCCGCAACCUCAACAGGGAGUAGAAUGCAAUGUCAUACAUUUUGGCCACCGCUGGCUCUUUCUCUGCCUCGGCAUCGAUCCCGCCUGUAACUCUGGCCAGUGCCACAAAGCUGCUACUUGCGGCUUCCAUGCACGCUAAAAGUUAAGAAGGGGAUUCACACAUUGGCCAGAAUU